AUGCUAUUCUUCCACCGGAAGACCCAGUCCGAAGUCACAGCCAGGCUCGACAAGCUUAAGUCUGGCGAAGACAUUCCAAAAGCAGUAGAUAUCAUCAGCAAGUAUAUCGACUCCAAGCGCCGGCGGGGGAAGAGAGACGCGUAUGUUGUUGGCAAACUCGAACGUUUGGAGACAACGAGAAGCUAUAUGGAGCAUUCCGUUUUGCUCGCCAUCGAGCUUCACUCCCCUCACUGGCAAGCGACGUCCUGCCAAACUGGGGCAAAACCCAACUGCGCUCCACUUCCAGACUGGUGGCACCCGAUGCACUCUCUCCCAGAAUCCGAUUCGCCGGCUUUCGUCGUCGAGUACCCAUCGAAUCCCGAUCCGAAGCCGCUCUUGGCAGACGACACAGCCAAGAGACCAGCUCGUCCUUCACGGCAGGAAUCGCCUCCCGGGGCAUUUUUAGGCACCCCAGCUUCGAUUGGCACGAUCUACAUGAACGGGGGCUCGCUGACCAGUUCUCCAGCUCCCUUAUCCAUUAACUCCGUUCCGCCCGAAAACCCCGGCCCGGCACGUCCUCCUAAUCGACAAUCUAUCCAAGGCUCGACGAUAUCAGAAGGAACGGUGUAUCGCUAUGGCGGAUCGGUCCACUCUUCGUACCCAUCGCCGGAUGUCCCAGCACAGCCGAGCUCUCAAGUAAGGAACGACUCCCAACCGGUGCAAGCACCUGGAAGGAUGCGGACAAAUGGUUAUGCUCUGCCUGUCGAGCCUGGACAAGGCGGCACUUUAGCGUCUGCUACCCUGCCCUUAACGGGUAUCCCCCUGCCCUUAACGGGUAUCCCGCUUCCCUUAACGGGGGUCCCGCUGACCUUAACGGGUAUCCCGCUGCCCUUAUCGGGUAUCCCAGGUGCAAACCCGCGAAGUACUCCACUACAACCACUCCAGGACAUCACUGACGCGCCUUCACCGGACCACAUACCCGAUGAUGCCCCAUCUUCUCCAAUCUUUGUUUCACGAGAACCGGCAUUUCAACAUUCCACCGAGCCGUCGAACAGCGAACGUGUCUCCAGAACCCUUGGUCGACUGACUUCCGUCAACAAUGAGUCACCCGAACAAGAUUUUCCCCCUCCAAUAGCUUCGACUCCCCCGAGUGUGGACUCGGAGCAUAGAAGCGCCUCCCCCAACGGGAGCGAGAAUUACUCGGAUACUAUUCUCGAGAGCGGUGGCUCCCUAAAAGAUGAGGAAGAGGUUCCAGACGUGCGGGAUGUCUAG